GGAAUUGAUGCUAUCAUCACCUCGGUAAAGGCUCAUUGAUGUAUGAUUCCUCGGUGAAGAGUAAGUUUAUUUAUUAGGAUUGUUCAAUUCUCAUUCAGCAGGCAGAUCAGUCCUUCACUUGCACCGUGAAAAGAACGAAAUUCUAGAUAUGAGUGCCUUGCGUCUUGGUCUGAACUGUGGUCAUCGAGCUGCCAGAUCAGGUUGCUUUCUAGCUGCCCCGCGCAUCUCUCACAUUAGUCGAAGGCUAUUUUCGGCCCAACCAGGUCUCCGGAUCACAGCUCCCACAUCCAAGCAGACACGUGUUCCACAGGAUGCAAAAUCCUCUUCUAGCCCUGAGAUUCUAUCUCAUGACAUUCAGGCCAUAAAGAUCAACGGUGUAUCUUAUCCUUCAUUGUUCCUCCGCGAUUCUUGUACCUGCCAUAGAUGCGUUGAUCCUUCCACAAAGCAAAAGAACUUUCAAACUUCGGAUAUUUCUCCUAAUAUCAAAGCUACUGCGACCACCAAGGGUGAGAAUGGGGAUUUAACAAUAUCUUGGGAAGAUGAUAUUCCAGGCUACGGACCAGAUCAUAUUUCGUCUUUUUCUAAGAAGUUCUUUGAAACCCACUCCUCAGCCAAGGCUUAUCAUUCCGAUCGUCACAAUGAUGUGAAACCUAUCAGAUGGAACUCGAAGACCAUUGCUCAGAAGCUGCAAUAUGUAACUUUUGAUGACUACAUAAACAGUGAAGAAGGUUUAUUCAGAGCUUUGAUCAUGCUUCGGGAUUAUGGACUGCUCAUACUUAGAGGUGUGUCAGAGUCAGAAACAUCAGUUGUUGAUAUUGCAGAGCGAAUUGGCAAUCUUCGGGAUACUUUUUACGGAGCUACCUGGGAUGUCAGGUCUGUUCCCCAACCUAAAAAUGUAGCAUAUACUUCUCAAUAUCUGGGUUUACACAUGGACCUUCUCUAUAUGGCUAAUCCCCCGGGGUUUCAAUUUCUUCACUGCCUACGGAAUACCUGCUCAGGUGGCUCGUCCAUCUUUUCUGAUGCUUUCCACGCUGCCAGACAACUCGAUAAAGAUAAUUACAUUCAAUUGAGCACUAAGAAGGUUGGCUACCAUUAUCGCAAUGCUGGGGAGCAUUAUCACUAUAAACAUUCUGUGAUAUCGAAACACUCUGAGAUGGGUGGGAACGCUUCAUCCCCCAGUGACAACAACAUUCAAUAUAUAAAUUACUCGCCGCCAUUUCAAGCGACAUUCGACAAGCCGUCCGACUCCUUGCCCGUAGCUAAAGCAUUGAGGCAAUUUGCAUCCCGAGUAGAGGCACCUGAAAACAUGUAUGAAUACAGACUACAAGAGGGGGAAUGUGUCAUUUUCAACAACCGCAGGGUACUUCAUGGCAGGAAAGAAUUCGAUACAUCAGCUGGGGAGAGAUGGUUCAAAGGCGCUUAUAUCGAUACCGACGUCUUCAGGAGUCGUUAUCGAGUAUUGGCCGAAAAGUAUCAGAAUAAGGAUCAAACGUUCCUACGCACUCAUGCUAGACACAUUUGCUGGGAUAUCAAGAACCCUGAGACUGGAAGAAUGGAAAGCGAUCCACAUAAAGUCUGGGAGAGAAGUAGAGAUCUUCCACAAACUGAGGCGUAUGCGAACAUUAUCUAGUGACAUUCGAAGCCCCUCGAUAUGUCCACAAAAUUCUGCAGUGCAGUCGCUCAAGGAGGAACCCUCGCCGUUCGAAUUAUCAUUUUUAUGUUGAACUUUUGUUCUCGAGAAAAUCGGAAUGUGAAAUUCACGUAGGAUACUAAUUUACAUUUAAAGAUUCCCGGUUUCCAGUGGAAAAAAAAAUCCAGGCUUGGAAUGCGAUUCGGACUACUAAAAACCGUGAUUGAGUUUUGAGAGUAUUAGAUCCCCGAUUUGUAUGCCGUAUGUCGGCAUUCGUGUUCGGUCGAGUCUUUAGUAUGCCCAGAAAUCAAAAAUUAUCUUUUGACCAUGCACUUUCAUAGCUUUGCAGAAUUUUGCAUUAUUACAAGCUGACUUGAAUAUCUUUACCAAACGAUUUCCAGCAAGGUACACCGCAUUGGUGAAUUGUUAUAGUUUGUUGCUCUGAUGACUUUCGUAUUUGUAGUACCUUCUUCAAUUCAGAUUCGUCGUAUCGCCUUCUUUGGAUACACGACUUUCCUUCAACGUUCCUCCUUUUUUCUUACAUCACCCGCAUCUUUUCAGUGUUCUACCUGUUUCAGUACACUACCUCUUUGCAAUGU